UCAAUUUCAAUGGCUGGUUGCCUGGGGGCAAUCAAAAUGUUGUUUUUUUAAUGCAUUAUUUUCUUCAAAUAAAGUUAUAGAUAAUUCACACCACCAUAAUAUUCUUUCGGCAAUGGCUAAUAAUACAGGAGUAUGCAGGACAUGCUUAACACUCAUCCCCAACAGAGAACCUUGCCAUAACAUUGAUGAAGAAAAUACAAACCUAACCAAUGUAAAAAAUAUCCGAGAAAUGAUUAUGUUGUGUGUUCCGGAAAUGGACCUAUAUGUGACAGAUUCGUCUUCAGUCUGUGAACCAUGCCUAAAACAUUUAAUAAUGUUGCACAAUUUUAAGAAUCGGUGCCUUAGAGUUGAAAAGGCUAUUCAAAACUAUGUUGUUAAAACCAAUAAAACAGAAAACGUUGAUCUUUAUGACGUGAUCCGGAAUCAAAUGCAAGAUGCUUUACUACACAAGAAAUGGACUACUGAACGUAUUGAAAACUACUUGGAAAAAGUAAAUGGGUCCAUUUUAAAUAAAAAAAAUGUCUUUCCAGCUAUGCAGAACAUUGAAACUGCGUUACCAUUAAAUCAUGCGUCUGCUAUUUCACCUAAUGUAUUACCAACAGGGGAUACUGAAAAUCCUUCUUUAGACAGAGUUUUAGAUAAGCCCAUUGAGCAACCAAGAAUAUCUGUAGUGCCCCCUGAACGCCUUAUAGAACCACCAGCAACUUCCAAAACAACUUUAACAAAAUAUAUAACAGUCAGGAAAAAUUUAAUGCCUGAAACUUCAGCUCUACCACCAAUACUACAGCCACCGACACCUAAUAGUGCAAUGAAUUUAUUAUAUAGGAGAGUAAAUAAGCCUUCAAUUAUUCGUUUUAAUAGACCACGACAAGUACAAGAAAUAAGGUAUUUUCGAGGGGCUUUUUUAAAUAAAAUAAAUUAUGCAAAUAUAAAUGAACACAUUGCAAAAGGUUCUCAUAUUUACGCGCCUCGUACUUACAGUCGUAAAGUACCAAAGACCUCCAAGGACCUUCAGGCUGUGAUUCCGUGUCUUUCGCCUGUUCUAUUAAAUGCUGAAAUAAACAAUGAAUAUUUAAAUAAUGAUCCUAUGAUAAGUAGUGCAUUAGUAGGAGUCUCUCCAAAACAUAAUGAAGAGGUAGUACUUAUGCCUAAUACUGUAAAUGAAACCAUUCAGUCUUCUUCACAAAAACAGUCAACUUCUCAAGAACCUCAAGAAGAAAUACUAGAAUCUAGUGGAGGUAUCCUGCCUUCAACUACCAAACUAUCAGAAAAUCCUGAGGCGCCGCCUACAGACGUGAUUAUCAAUAUUCCAUCACGAGGAAACGAAGUCCUAAAACGAAAACUAACACCAGAUCAAGUAAAAGAGGAAAUUCUGUCAAAACGCCGAAAAUUAGUGAUAAAGCUUGAGAGGAAUGUUCCUCAACUACUAUGCCGCAAAAAACUGAUUGUUAAAAUUGAAAAGACACUUCACGAAUGUACUUUUUGUAGUUUUGCCUCAAAUAAACCUGAAGAACUAAAAGCACACCACAUGUAUUUGCAUAAAGUAUGCAUGCUUUGCAAUUUUACGUGUAAUGAUAAAACUGAUAUUGAUCGACACAUUGAUAAUAUGCAUCCCACUGAGUUAAGAAACGCCCUUGACGCUUAUAACCGAAGAACUUUCGAGUUUAGAUGCAAUCUGUGUUCCUACGAAGCAACAUCAUUACCUAAUUUAAAAAAACAUCGUUUCGCAGUGCACUUUACACCAAACGACUUAACUGGAUUGUAUCAUUGUCCAUUUAAUGGUUGUGAAAGUGUGUUCGUCCAGUGUGUUGACAUGAUUACACACAUCGAAGGUAUACAUGACAUGGCCAUAAGGCGACAAUGUCCUCUUUGCAAUCAUAAAGCGAAAAGACCAUAUUAUGUAAGAUAUCACUUAGCUGGUCACUUCACAACGAACCUUGCAACGUGCAAACUAUGCCUAAAGUCUUUUAAAACUCAACUGCAUUUACGGACUCACAUGCGAAGAACGCACAAAAAUGAUCAACAAGGAGAAAUUUUAGGCAAGGAAGUUAAUCGACCGGAAGGUAAUUUUGAUAUGAUCACUGAUAAAGACGAACGAGUAGCUCUUAGCACCACACUACAUCAAUCUGAUUUGAAUUCACCUUCUGAAGAACAGAACGUUGAGGAAGAGCCUGAUCUUAUGGAGUUUCUUUGCCAACAGUCCAUAGACAUUUGUUCCGAUAAUGAAGAUAAGGAGAAGUGUGAACCUUUUAAAGAGAGUGAUGUAGAAAAAGAGCGGAAAGAUACAAACACUGAAGAUCUUGAAGAAUUGCUGGAUGAGCACAUUUUAAAUACGAAAAUAUUAUCGGAGCAAGAAAUGCUAAAAUCUAAAACGCCAGAUCCCUUAGAUUCUGAAACUGAUAACAUUGCUAUGGUGGAUAAAGCAGCCAUUCCGCUAGAAGAAUUAUUAGACCAACAUUUCUCAGAAACAUCUGCAUUGGAAAAUGCACCGAUUGAUCCACUACUUGACAAAAAUGAGGUCGAUAAGUCCAACAUUGUAGAAGAUUUAGAGACCUUGCUAGAUGACCAUAAUUAUAGCGCUAACCCUGCAUUGAUUGUUGUCGAAUCCUCAGACGAUGAAGACAUUGAUUUGAUUGUACCUACAUCUGCAGUUAUUCCAAUGUCUAACAAAGCAACAGAAUCAGGUGACACUGCAAAAGAUAUUGAAACGACAAAAAAUAGUUUAAAUGAGUUAAAUAAACCUUCUGAUGAUACUAAAACGAAUGUUCCCGAUUCUGUGCAUAAUGAAGGACUUACUGACCAGAAAGUUGAUGUUGAAAAUGACAAAAGUUGUGAAAAAGCGAGUAGCAGUAAUCAGUCAACUGAUUGUGGAAGUCAUUUAGAAGUUACUGUUGCCUCAUCUCCUAUGGAGGAAAAUAAUAAACAAAGUGAGAUAAGCACUGCCGACACAAUUAAUGUGCCUCCAGAAAUUUUAACUAAGGAAUCAACAAGCACUGGAUCUACACAGACUGGCGCCUUAUUAACAAGUAGCAUGGAGAACAGUGAUUUAAUUAGUGUUGAUAAAAACGAGACGAUUAUAUCGGAUAAAGGUGUCGAAACCGUAAGAAUGGAAAGUUUUGCUAGACGUAAACAAAUGAAACGAAGCGCGGUACAGACCGUGCGGUAUAAAGGGGAUAUUUCACAGAGCUGUUUGACACGAUUCGAGACCCGUGAAGUUAAUGAACAAUUGUUAGAAAACUAUCACCAAUUUACCUAUACCACUAAGAUACCUUAUCUUACCCUAUACUGUGUUUGCCUAUAUCGCUCACUGGAGGAAAGUGACGUAAGAUAAAAAGUACACAUUUUGCACACAUCAGAGUGGUUCUAAUUUUUAUAUUGUUUCAAAAUUGAUAUUAUAACUAAAGCGUUUUACAUUUUCAGCGCUCUAUCUUUGAAUGAAAAUAUAACAAAUUAUGAAAAUGAUAUUAAAAUGACUUUAUUUUUAUUUUAAAGCAUAUUUGUUGGCAUUAAGUUUUAAAAAUCAUAUCAGCCAAAUGACCCUUGGUUUCGCAGAGUCAUUCGAAUCCUCGAAAUCCAAUUUACGAUGAUAUUCUGACACAAUGGCCCAAUCUCACCAAUGGUGCGAGUUAUGUUGGCUUUUCGGGCGUCAAUCGUUUGUGGCUUGGCCGCAUAUACUCGAGAUUUGACGUAUAAUAUACAUAAUAUAUAUAUUUGACGUAUUUCUAGCCCCACAAGAAGACAUCCCACGGAGCGAAACCUUCGAAUCUUUCACGUAAUAAAUUUGCAGUGCCGUAUGGCACGUAGCGACAUCCUGUUAAAACCACAUGUUUUGCAGAUUCGUCCCAUUCAAUCUUGGCCAAAAUAAAUUAGUUAUCAUAAGGGAGGGUAUGAUGAUCGAUCACCGUUUACAGUAAAGGCGAUUUCUGCGUUUUCAAAAAAAAACAUGACCGAUUAUUCCGCCAGACCAAAACGGGCACCAAACAGUAACUUUUAUAGAGGGCAAUGGAACCUGAUAAAUGUUUCCGUUUAUAGCCCCAUAUGUGACAAUUCUGCUUGUUAACAAAACCACUUAACCAAAAAUGGGACUCGUCAGGAAACAUGAUUUUUUGCCCAAAUGCUGGAUCCGCGUUUAACUGCACUAGAGGCCAGUCAGCAAAUAUGCAGCAUUGUCUGUGGUCGUUGGGUUUUAGUUCUUGAGUCAAUUGGGUGAACUGCAUUUGGGUGAAAACCAAGAUGCAAAAUUCGCCAAGUUGAUGUUUGAGUAAGUCCAAGUUCUUGCGCAUCACGUGGAAUUGACUGUCUUGGGUUCUGACGAACACUUUCACGGACUGCAGCAAUAUUUUCUACUGCAAUAUCUUCUGUUCCGAUUAUGUAUAGACGCUUGGUCUACCACCGAUCUGGUUGUUUCGAAUUUCGUUAUUAGACGAUGAAUUGUUGACUCUGCAGGACGAUCGUGAAUAUCAUACAUUAAACGCACUGCACGGAACGUUUGGCGAACUGAACACUGAUUUUGAUAAUAAUAAGUUUCAACGACUUCUAUGCGUUGUUCAAUCGUGUAGCGUUUUAUAGUAAAAUGUACUACUGACUGAGUACUCUGCCGAAAUUUAAAAGCUGUAUCAUUAUUGCCUUGGUCAUGCGCUGUUUAUAAAUUUAAAAUUUUUUUUGAUUAAUAAUUUUUUAAAACUAUUAUAGUUUUAUCUUCUAAGGAUAGUCACUUAAAACAUUGAAAGGCUAGAAUUAGUAUUGCCAUGGGACUAUGGGCACUUUGUUUGCAUCUGAAAAAGAAGCUGCUCCUGUAGUUUCUGCUACCGGUAUCAGAUCCAAAAAAUUAUCUUCUAUUUUAUUUUCAAUUUCCAUUCUAACCACUAAACACGAAUGUUUGUGCACGAGUUAUCUGUCGAUUCGUCAGCAAUUAAACAAUACUUAUUAUUUUUGAUGAGCUCUAUCAAAUACGACUUUUGUGAAGAUUCUGUUAAUUUUUUAAGAACCCUAGUUAUUUUGGUUCUACCUGCUUUCAUUUUUAUUUUGCUAUAUCGGAAUCGGUACACACAGCAUUAAGGUAAUUAAUAAAAUGUUCAGCAAACAUACCAGCAAUAUUCUGCUAGUUUCAGCUUCCUGGACUGCUUUUUUUAUGUUUACCGAAUUCUAAGUGUUUAGAAAGUUGCACUUUUCCUGCGGCUAUAUUUAUGUCGCAUCUACAUAUUUUUACACCUAAAACAAAAUUAUUUUUGAAUUCAUAGAUAUAUUUUGUAUAAGAAGCCACCUAACUAAAUAAAUAUACCUAACGACAUAAUGUUAGUCAACACUUACCAGGCAUAAUUAGGUCCUUUCUUAUUGGGUCAGAAAAAUCCAGGUGAUUGGGUCCAUUCUUUUUUAAACUGUUGUUUGUAAAUCUUUAUUUUCUUAGCGGCACUAGGGCCAGGCAAGUUUUGAGAACUGUCACUAUCACUGCUAGUAUCACUUACAACCAUUUUUUAAAGUUUAUUUCAACUAACAGAAUAUAAAACGAGUCAAAACUGAAAUCCAGUCUACGUAUAAACGGCGAAGUAAAUCACACAAAGAUGUUUAGGUGCAUUCGGGGAAUCCCAGUUCGGCCGCACUCAACCAUGCCAAUUUGCAGAUGCGAGGUUGCAUUUUAUGAUUGUUGCAUGAUCCAACGAUGCCAAAUUGACAAAUAUUGGGAUACAUUUUUGUUUGUUAAUGAUUGUUUUUGUUUAUGGGUUUCUUGCUAUAUUUUUAAUAGCAAGAAAGAAAAUCAUAAACAAAAAUAUAAGAUUUUAAAGAGUUUUUUUGGCAUAGCAAAAGAACCUAAAAAGCAUGAGAUUCUUAGGCAAAAUAUUGAAAACAUGAGAUUUGUUUAAAAAACAUGAGAUCUCAUGCAAAAACUUGAGACCUGGCAACACUGUUUGUCAAGAUGUCAUUUCACAAUAUGACAUCAGCGUUUGCCUGCGGUGUUGCUAUUUUAAAUUUUUAAAAACGGUUUUAGGAAUAAAACGUUAAUAAUUUUUGUUUGUUUUAAAGAUGUUAUUUUUGCUCUUAGAAUAACAUAUAUCUAUUUCUACUUUUAAUUUUUAGUCCAAAAUCUAACAUCAAUAAGUUAAGUUAACAUUAUUAUAUGUGAAAAUUUCCUUUUUUGAAAAUGCGUGUAAACUUUGACAACAGAGAAUCGAUCAAUAUAUUUAUAAACCAAACACCCCCUGGCCCCUGUGCACAUGUUGAACUCAAAGUUGUUGUUUACUAAUUCUAGCUUUUCAAUGUUCAAGAGCACAAACAGGAGUAAAAUUUCGAGGGAAACCGAGUUCGCCCGACGUCGGCACGACUCGAAUAGUGAGCUUCGCGCCAAAUUUGAAAUCUAAAUGUUGUUGUGUUUCUUAUUUUAGAUGUGUCUACAAUUACCCCAGUUUACAUUUACCCCAAUUGACCCUAUAAUAAAGUUUUGCAUAUUUUUUAAGUUAAUCUAGGAGUGUAUAAUAAUAUGCAAUAACAAUAGUUUUGACACCAUAUAUUUUAGAACUUAUAAUAGCAUUUCUCUUUUCUCUAUCGAAAAAUGACUGUUGUAUGAAAUAAUGGACUAGGCUAUGGUAAAAAUACAGUUCUACAAUGCUUCACGUUGAAGAAUUGUUAAAAUUAUAGAUAUUAUGGAUAUUAAGUAAAAUCUGUAUUGUUGUGGCGAAUUCAUAAUGAGUUACUUAUUUUGUUGGGUAUUCCGUCACUGUGUCACACUUUUCAAUACUUAAGCCUAUGAGAUAAUAUUCUCUAAAUUGAUUUUUUCUAUAAUUGUGAUGUAAUACCCAAUAAAAUAAGUAACUUAUUAUGGAUAUUAUUGUGACUUCUUUUUCAUUAGGUAGACGAUUAAGCUUAUUGUACUGCUCUAGUGGUGAAGAAAAGUAUUACGACGAUGUAUAUUUAUAAAGAA